CUCAUUUUAAUUCGGUUACAUAACGCUAUGAUAGUCGAUAGCUUUUUUAAAAAUCAAACAAAGUAAGCUUUUACACUCUGUAUUUCACGGCUUAAACGACAUCGUAAACGAAGGAGAAAUUCAAAACCAGCGACUAUGUCACCGGAUGUCACUGCUGUGAAAAGCCUGGACCGGUCUUUGUGAAGGACUUCAGCAGGAAGUGCCUUCCGCUGUGGAAGUGAAGGGCUGCCAUUUUACCGAGCUUACGAUUAUCUCAAGCUCAGUCAUAGAGAGACGAAGAGCAUCUGUCAACAGCAAUCUGUAAGACUCGCCACAGAUUCCAAACUGCAUUUAGGUCAUCUUGCUUUCUUGCCCUGAAUUUUCCUCCAUCCAUCGAUCCACCAACUCUGGACCGGCUUUCUGAUCCCUGCUACAGCAAAGCAACCCCUCAGCAUGAGGCCAUGUUUAACCAUCAGGAUGCACCAGGAGCGAUAAAUGGGGAUCAAAGUGAUCCAGCUCACCUCAAAGUCCCACCAUGAAAACCUUCUGGCUUCCCUGCAUCACAUGAGGAUGCAGGGACAACUGUGUGACAUAACGGUGCAGGUGGACUACCUGGGAGAUGUGGAGGAGUUUCAGGCCCACCAGCUGAUUCUGGCUGCGUCCAGUGGAUACUUCCAGAAGAUUCUCCUGUCUCAGGAUGCAAACCAAGCUAAGUUGCUGCUCUCAAACAUGCGCUCGAGCGAUUUCUCGAAGUAUCUGGAGUUUGUCUACACUGGUAAAAUAGAGGUCGCCAGGAACAAGAUUGGCGACGUUCAAGAAGUGGCGCGAUUAUUAAAUUGUGAGAGUUUGUCGGUGGUUUGCAGUGAUGCCUUGAGUGCUGGAGUUCUGGAAAGGCCCAAAAGGAAAACCUGUGGCUCCAAAGUCAAAGAUGGAGGUGAAUUACAUGGUGCUGAGAAAGAGAAAGUUGAAGCAAAGACGCAACAUCUGAAGCGUCAGCUCUCUCCACCGAGCCCUGAGAAACAAGACGGUAAAAAAAAGGUAAAAACUGUUCAAAGGAAAACAACAAAGCAAGGAAGAAAGCUGAAACUGAAGCUGGCGGGCCGUAAAGUGCUCCAGAGGCGCUUGCGUUACUCUUCGAAAGAGGAUCCCAAGGAUAAAAACCAAACGAAUGAGUCUGAGGAAAGAAUUGAAGAAGAAUCCGGACCAGAGAAUGAAGAAGACAUAAACGAGGAGAAUGAGGUGCAAGACAAUGUUCAGGGCGGAGCCUCUGAUGAAUUGCAUGAUUGGGACUUUGAAGAAGAUGCACAGAGUAAUGAUCCUCAAGAUCCGUUAUUUAUGGAGGAGGAGGAGGAUGACGACGAAGAUGAGGAAGGAGAGUUUGAAGAGAAUGUUAAAAGGCUCUCCAAGGCCCAGUUCAGCUGUAACAAGUGCCAGCGGACUUUUCAUUAUGAGAAGAGCUACUUGAAGCACAUCAGCACGUACCACGGUGUGAAAGCACACGUCAUCCACCGCUGUGAGACGUGCAUGCAGACCUUCGCAAACGGCAGCAAUCUGAAGAUCCACGAGAAGCAUGUGCACAGCAACGAGAGGCUUUUCGCCUGCGAUUCCUGCACGAAGACCUUCAAACGGAAGAAGGAUGUCGUGCGCCACAAAAGACAGGUACAUGAAAGAAAUAUGAGGCACGUGUGCUCCGAAUGUGGGAAGUCCCUCAGCUCCAAAGCCGCCUUGUUGCUGCACGAGAGGACGCACACGGGCAUGAAGCCGUAUGAGUGCACCGUCUGCGGGGCCAGGUUUACACAGAACUCUGCCCUCAAGAUGCACCACAGGACUCACACAGGAGAGAAGCCAUUUGCAUGUGAUCAGUGUGACGCCCGGUUCUCUCAGAAGCAUAUGCUGGCUUAUCAUAAGAGGUCACACACGGGAGAAAAACCUUUCAUGUGCGAGUCCUGUGGGAAAAGCUUCGCGUCCAAAGAGUACCUGAGGCAUCAUUCCAACAUCCACACAGGCUCUAAGCCAUACAAGUGUGAGCACUGUGGUAGAGGCUUCGCCCAGAGGAACUCUCUCAAUCAGCAUUUAAAAAUUCAUACGGGUGAGCGUCCGUACAGCUGUAAAGUCUGUGAUAAACACUUCACCCAGCUCAAUGCGCUCCAGAGGCACCAGCGGAUUCAUACAGGAGAGAAGCCCUACAUGUGUGGGCUCUGUAAACGCACCUUCACUGACAAAUCCACCCUGCGCAGGCACACCAUGAUCCAUGGUUCGGAUACUCCGUGGAAAACCUACCUGGUUGUCCUGGAGGGAAACGUGGAGGAGAAGAAGCCCAAGUCUCCUACAAAAGAAAAGACAGAAAAGGGAGGGACCGAGGAAAAAUUGAGCACAACUACCAAAAGUUCUAGUUCUGCAGGUGCUGGGACUGUGAUUCCAAGUUCUGCUAAUGAUGCAAGCAAAACCAGCACAGAAACAGUGGUGAUUCCAUCUGAGACGGUUACUCUCCCAGCUGACUGGGCCAGUCACGGAACCAUCGCUCUGGUUAGCCACGGGGGUGUCGGCGCUAUUGCAGUUAUCCACACUGAGGUCCCACCUGGGACGCAGAUUCAGCCCAUCGUGGCCACCAGCAGCACAGGCGCUAUUUCAUUAGAUGGUUCGGCCAUCGCAGUCCCCUUUUCUAUACCAGUAUCAGUAGCUCAGGCGCUGACCUCUGAGGGUCCUUCCAGCUCUCUGUCUGUUCCCACCCUCUCUGUCCCUGUUUCUGAGACCUUGUUGGCUUCAGUGUCAGACAUCUCAACUGUCUCUGCAACAUCUUUGCUUGAAGCAGCUGCCACACAGACCGUUUUUGCUCCAGCUUCCCUCUCCGGGACUGAUACAUUACACCCCGACAUAGAGACUGUGAUCGUUGGGGAUGAGGUUUGUAGAACGGAGCAGAGAGCAGAUGAAGCAGAAACCACCAAAGAUCAAAAUGAAGUGUAGAAGAAACUUUCUCGACUUUCUGAUCAAGGUUUUUGUGGCACAUCGCUGUUCACACAGCAUCAAUGACAGGUAAAACGGUGCAGCUAACAUUGCUUCUUCUCUUCCUCUCCACUGAUCCUUAGAGAUCUUCACUAACAACCAAAAUGGAACUAUGUACAAACAAUCUAUUGUUACUUGAUGCAUCAUUUUUAGGUUUUGCAACCAUCUGAUGAAUCGUAGUCAUGAUUUUCAGGCCAGUGUUUAAUAAUCAUAAAUAUGAUCUGAGUUUGUCAUUUAACUGUCACAUUGAACUGCAUUGAAAACAAAAUGCUAUCGACUUGUAUUUUGUUGUGAUUACUAUACUAGCUAUAAAACAUGGUUUUAACUUGUAUAUUACUACUGCAUACAUGAGAAUUAGGAUUACUGUGUCCAUUAAAUUUAUCAGGCAAAUCUGA